AUGGAAGUGAAUUGCACAGAGGAACGUCUCAGCAAUGCAGCGUCCAUUGUACUUUCAGCGUGGCUCUCCUUGUCUGGUUUAGCCGCUGUAACUGGAAAUGUGGUUGUGUUAUGGCUGUUCUACAAACACAAGUCUUUACGAACAAUUUCAAACCGGUUUUUAGCCUCGUUAUCCAUGGCGGACGUUUUUGUCGGCCUCGUCAUAGAUCCUUAUUGGAUUGUUAUCAGAUGUUGGAUUCAGCCAGAAGUUCAUAGCAAUUUGUUUAUGAUUACAAUAAUGCUGAAGAUUCAGACAACCGUAGCCACUACUUUGAACUCGUGCUGUGUUUCAAUCGACCGUUUUAUUGCGAUUCGGUUUCCUUUUCGGUAUCAGGACAUUUUAACCAAGAGGAGAUGUUUGGCGGUCAUUAUUUUGGUGUGGUUCAUCUCAUUGUGUCUUCCUUUUCCGAUAUUGUUCUUUCAACCAGGAAAGGAUCGAAAAGAACUUUUAGUGUCCAUAACAUUUACAACGUGUUUAGGUCCAUUAUUAGUGAUCUCCUUUUGCUAUAUAAUCAUUUUCAAAGUGGCCAGAAAAAAGUUUAAGAGAAUUUUACCAGCUAAAAAUAUUCCUGACUCAAGCGAAAAUAUAAGAGUUCGUGGCAUUCAAAAUUUCAAAGCUAUCAAAACAGUCGGUUUUGUUUUAAGUGCUUACAUCAUCACAUGGGUGCCCUGUAUAGUUCUGCUGUUGGUUGACUUGGUUGUCAAAGAGGAACGAUGUAGAAGAAGGAAAAUUCAAUUUGUUUUAUGGCCUUGGGUUGAGGCAAUCGCCUUUACUUCAUCAGCGAUCAACCCAUUGAUUUACUACUUCAGAAAUAGCGACUUUCGCCGAGCCUUUCGCCGCACCUUCCAUUGGUUGCCCUGUGUUCACGCACAAAAU